AUGUCCACCACCAAGUUGUGCGACCCCGAGGCGUUCUUCUUCGGUAUGAUGGGGGCCGCUUUCUCUCUUUCCCUGGCGAACGUUGGUGCUGCAUUUGGCACUGCUAAGGCCGGCGUUGCGGUGGCGCAGCUGGGCAUUGUACAGCCCACGCGCGUGAUGCGUGGUAUCGUGCCGGUCGUCAUGGCCGGUAUUCUUGGCAUCUACGGCCUCAUCGUCUCCGUGAUCAUCUGCAACAACAUGAAGCUUAGUGGAUACCCGCUCUUCUCGGGGUACAUGCACCUCGGAGCUGGGCUGGCGGCCGGAUUUGCAUCUCUGGCAGCGGGGUAUGCGAUUGGGAUUGUCGGCGACAUCUGCUGCUACGCCUAUGCCAAGACCGAGAGAAUAUUUGUACCGAUGAUUCUGAUGCUCAUUUUUGCCGAGGCGCUGGGUCUAUUCGGCCUCAUCACUGCACUGCUCAUGAGCAACAAGGCAGUCUCUGCCAUCGGCUCGUGCGCUACCAGCUAA